AUACCGGAAUCGGCAUUGCGCUGAAGACGGGAGCAAUAGAGAGCGCAGAGCUAGAUCGGCAAGGCGGCCACAUUUUCCUCCUCAGCCCACGGCCGUUGGAAACGAUAUUUCCGGUUUCCUCGGGCGCCCAGCAGGAGGAAUGGUGAGCGGGAACGGCGAGGCAGUGGGGGCGGCUGACGAUUUCCCCGAACAGUUCCGCUCCUAUUCGGAGAAUGAAAAACACUGGCAGGCGCGGCGCACCUUCAUCCUGCGCAACGUCCCUCCCGGGGACGGGGCGGAGCUCUCCCCGCUGCGCGUCGACCAGCUGCUCUCCCUCUCUAUGGUCUGGGCCAAUCACCUCUUCCUGGGAUGCAGCUAUAACAAAGAUCUCUUGGAUAAAGUAACAGAAAUGGCUGAGGGGAUUGAAGUUGAAGAUGCCCCACAUUUUACAACCCGUGAUGAGAUAAUGAAAAAGAAUCAACACUAGUACCCAAGAGAAGUGAUGCUAGACUUGCCUUACGUCACAAGAUCUACUGAAGAAGAAGACUAAUUUGAAGACUAGAAGACACAUCACUUCUGAAAUGCAUUUUAAAUUGAAGUCUUUUUACACUGGACACUCUUUUUAGGUUUUUUAAAUAUAUCUUGAUUCUGAUCAAAGAAAUUAUUAACAGCUCUUGUCGUUCCUCCUGUUGAUCAUGGGACCUUUGACUACUUUCGAGAAAUAGGGGUGAGGGUACUGAUGGAACCACAGUAUCUGUUAAAUGUAGAUAAUUCUUUAUAACAACUGGAUCUGAGUUAUAGCCUUAUCCUAUGCAUGUUUACUCAGAAGUAAAUCUGGAGUUUUUAAUGGAGUUUACUCCCAGAUAAAUAUGUCUAUAAUUGCAUCCUUGAUUUAAUAGGGUGUGGAAACUGACUUUGUUGGUGCACAUCUAGUACUGCAUAAGUAGAGGCGCUGUCCUAGUCUUACGUGAAAUGAUAUUAGGGUGUGAUAAUUUUCUGCCAGAAACUAUGCGAUAGCGCAGAUGUUAAUACUGUUGGUUUUUCUAGAAGCAUCACUGUAAUGUUAUGUCAAUAGCUGGGAAUGUUUAUUUUUUUCCUGUCAUCUCUAGUUAAGAUCCUUCUAACCACAGAGAAGAACUUCAGCACUCAAAAUACCUUUCAAGGCAUCUGGGCAAAAUUGAUUGACCUUUAGUUCUUUUUAAUGGAAGUUAUGUACAUUCAAUUGAGGACGGUAAACCUUUUCAAUGUUAUGAUUCCUAUGCCUUUUGAAAGUUGAAAAUAUGAGAGGUUUGCCAAACACAGUUUUUCAAAUGCUUGUAAACACGGUGACAUAGCAUGGAGAAAUAUGUCUGGCAGGAAUACUACAAUUGUUUUGCGAAAAAGAAAACAGUAAUAAAGAAAUUGUAGUAGA